GUCUAUUCUUUUUCUGAACAGCCUUAAGUCACAAGAUGGAGUCGUUUUCAAGUAUAAAGAUUUCAAAAUCUCAGAUGUCGUCAACAAAUUCCUCCAUGUCGGGAAAUCUGUGUUUUAAAACCAGUGCACCUACCCAGGAUGCUCCGUUAACCAAACCAGCAGUUAAGGCAUCGGUCAAAAACUAUCAACCGAAAGCCAAAAUUGAAGACCAAAUGAAUAACGAGAACUUGGAAAUGUUACAAAAGAUUUUUGCAGAAGCGGAUGAAGAUUGCGGAGGCGGUUUGGAUAUAGAAGAAUUUGGUCAAGCAAUGAGAAUGGCUUUUGGUAACGCAGACAAUUUGGAUGAUAAGCAGCUUGAAAUCAUGUUUAUGAAAGUGGACACAAACUGCGAUGGCACAGUCGAUUGGGAAGAGUUCUGUUCAUACAUGUUGCUCGAAAACCAACAAAAAGAUAGCAUGAGUCGCGAUUUCAUCGAUUUGCCGUUUCCUCAUCCUGCACGACAAAUACUCAAUCCUCAUCACGACUCCCUAGCUCGAAUAACUUACUUCCCAAGUCUUGGAGUUAAUCAACGAUCCUCUAGCGAUGCCACUAUGGAAGUAGAGAACAGAAACGGUCGAUAUGUAUCAUGCAGUAAAGAUGGCAUACUUGUGUUUUGGGGAAACGACCUACAAAUAAAACGCACGGUUAGUUUAACAGAAACAAAUUCAAACGGCAAUAAAAGUAAACCGAUUUGGGUCACCGACGUGACGUGCUUAGCCAACGUCAAGAAAGUCGUGGUAUCGACAACAGACAGAAAUAUUACAUUUUACGAUUGUUCUGCGAAUAAUUUUGAGAAGCAGUUUAUUCUCACUGGGCUGGACCACUGUGUUUUAUGUAUGGAUUAUUGGUACAAUUCGAGAAAUAUGAACCACAGCUGCUUGCUGCUAGGCGACGCCGGUGGGAGCGUAUCGUGUAUCACAUUUACGCAAGCGACAGUCGGCUUAUUCGACGUCAGUAUUGGUAAACAAAAUAAUAUGUCAACGUCGACAAUCCGUCGGAUCCCCUUUCUUGAAUUGUUUUGCGGACGUCAUCCAACAGUUAGUGCCGUCAUAUUUAGAAAUUUACACGACGAUUGGGUAAGAAAAGUGAAGUAUAUUCCCAACCUGCACUGUUUUCUCUCAUGUGCGAACACGAGCCAGACAUCCCUCUUUCUGGGUGAUUUACAGAGCAAGAAGAUGAAAUCCUACUUCAAGAUACGUAAAGGAAUUUACACUUUUGAUUAUGACAAAGAAAACAAUAUUAUCGUUACCGGUGGUUUGGACAGAUACAUUCGUUUAUGGAAUCCUUACGUCACCAGCAAAGCGACUUCAGUAUUGAAAGGACACAAUUCGUCAGUCAUUCAUAUCGUUGCUCAGUGUGAACAGAUCAUCAGUUUAUCGAAAGACAAGGUUGUCAAAAUAUGGGACACUCGGGAUCAUUGCUGUAUACAAACCAUUCCAAGUCGGCUGACUGAUGUAGGAGCACAUCCCAUAACAACAGUUUUUUACAACCGGAAAAUGCAGACGCUUUUACUUGGCAGCAAUACUAUAGCUGUUUUAGAAAACAAUAAACUUUCAGAAAGAAACAGCACGGAAGACAAAUUUACAAGCCAUCCUAAGCCUUUAUGUGGAGCACUGUAUAAUGAUUUGUUUAAUCAAGUUGUAAGCGCCUGUCAUGGAUCCGUUGUAAAUGUCUGGCAUGUGGAUACUGGUGAAAAAGCUAUCAUGUUCGCGAAUGCGCAUGAUGGACAUGAAAUAACAGCUAUGUCGUUUGAUCCAACGAAGCGAAGAUUGAUCACUGGAUCUAGAAAUGGUACAGUUAAAAUAUGGAAUUUCAAUAACGGUGCAUGUUUACGAGAACUGAACGCGGUUAAAGAUGGAGAAGUGACAGGAAUUGUGUGCCCAAAACAGCGUAUAGUAACUGUUGGUUGGAAUCAUGAGAUUACCGUUUACCGCGACGUGAGAGGAGCAGAAGACGACCCGCCAAAACUGUGGAAUUCUCUGCAUAAGGAUGACAUUUUAGCUGUUGAUUAUACCAAAUCUGGUACUAUGGUAACAGCAAGUUAUGAUGGUCAAGUCACUUGCUGGAAUAUUGAGACUGGUCACACUUACUGUCAAAUAAAUAUUAACAAAACGUUUAAAUUAGGCCCUCAGUCAGACAAUCCUAACCCGUCAUGCAAAGAGACUGGCAAGAGAAGGUUGAGUCGAAGCGCUAAUGGGUCGUUUACUUCAGAGCUGAACAAACAUUUAUCGAUUGAUAAAGUGUUGUUUUUGCGAAACAGAGAACCCAACAAAGACACGGCCACCAUGCUAACAAGUGUAGAGGGUUGCAUUCAAGCAUGGAGCGUUCAAGGCUGUUUACUUGGCGAGUUUGAUGUCACGACUCAUGCGGAAGAUGAAUCAGUACUAGCUAUGCAAAGUGAUGAGUCAAACCAUGUGUUAUUCACGGGGGAUAGUAUGGGUUACAUCAAGGUAUGGGACAUUAGUUCGUAUUGUCUAAAGAAUGAAUCAAGUCAGGGGAAGCGCUCUACUUCGCCACUGGAUGCAUUUGCAAAACAAAGACAAAAUCCGACUUUGUUGACACCUAAUAUGUUUCGCAGACCAGGAGGAUCAGCCAGUUCAAACGCUUCCAGUAAAAAUAGUUCAAGUAGUAUUGACAACACUGCAGAUACCACGCGCUCUUCUCCUGUGUGCUUAACAUCAUAUCGCGGACAUUGUCGCAGCAUAGUCAGUAUAGAUUACGUAGAAGACAAGCAACUUAUUGUGACAGCAUCAACUGAUUGCUUUAUCCGGUUGUGGACCAUCAAUGGGAAAUACCUGGGAACAUUUGGGCAAAAAGCCUGGGAUUCAUUAGAGAAUCCUGCUAAUUUAAAACGAAGUAGGAAAAUACCUUCAGAUUUACAGCGUAUCGCAUCAGCGCACACAUUAAAAGUUCUCGAUGGAGCAGUACCAAAAUGGAAACUAGCUAAAAACAUCUUUACUGUCCUUCACCUCGGGAGAAGAGCAACAAAAGCGGCAGUUAAAAGCAAUGCCGGGAGUAUCGACAGUGAAAUUGACGAUGAAACAGCAGCUUUGUCAAGACCACACGUAUUGGAUAUAUCGUUGACGAACAUUCUUGGUAAAAAUUAUAAAGCUAAGCAACGUCAUCGAAUGACACCUGACAUCAAGCCGAAAGUGAAUAACUUACAAUGUGUCGCGUUUUCCUCUUUGCCAUUUACCGAGCUUGAACCAAUUGCUGAACCUAAGAUGCCACUAGUCCUUACGCAAGCCUUAGCUGCCAGACAACAGCAACAAAGGCCGUCAAGUCCAGGUUUGAAUGAUAAUGGAAUACGUAAAGCAGGUUGGGGGAAGAAAAACAGUUCACCAAUGCGUCAUAUGACGUUGAAUCGCGUACUUCCUGUACUUGCAUUAAGAAAGUAGAACUAUUCUAUUUAUAAUAAAUUUAUCUAUUACAAAAA